UGGCAAUUAACUCCCAUCUGAAACCAGAGAGAAAACAAACACAUUCAAACACAUACAAACACAUUCAAACACAUACAAACACCAAAGCAAGCCAGAGAAAUAGAGAGAGAUGGGAAAAUGGGCAAUCGCGGUGCAUGGAGGCGCUGGUGUGGACCCUAAUCUCCCACCACAGAGACAAGAGGAGGCUAAACAACUCCUCGCUCGCUGCCUCAAUCUUGGCAUCUCUGCUCUUCGCUCUAAUCUCCCUGCCAUUGAUGUCGUUGAACUCGUUGUGAGAGAACUAGAAACGGAUCCUUUGUUUAAUUCAGGCCGUGGAUCCGCCUUAACAGAGAAAGGAACGGUAGAAAUGGAAGCCAGCAUCAUGGAUGGGCCAAAGAGAAGAUGCGGCGCCGUAUCAGGUGUGACCACUGUUAAAAACCCUAUUUCCCUUGCCAGACUUGUUAUGGAGAAGUCUCCCCAUUCGUAUCUGGCCUUUUCUGGCGCAGAAGAAUUCGCCAAGCAACAGGGUGUUGAGUUGGUGACCAAUGAAUACUUUAUCACCCAAGAAAACAUGGGAAUGUUGAAAUUAGCCAAGGAAGCGAACUCCAUCUUGUUCGAUUACAGGAUUCCAAUUGAGACCUGCAGUGCAGGGGCUGCUGCCGCUAUGGACACCCCUUUGCAAAUGAAUGGUCUCCCAAUCAGCGUGUAUGCGCCUGAGACUGUAGGCUGUGUGGUGGUGGACAGCCAGGGCAGAUGCGCUGCAGCCACAUCAACAGGCGGACUAAUGAACAAAAAGACCGGCCGCAUCGGUGACUCGCCCCUGAUUGGGGCUGGAACCUACGCUUGUGAUGUUUGUGGAGUUUCAUGUACAGGGGAAGGCGAGGCCAUUAUCCGAGGGACACUAGCGCGUGAUGUAGCGGCUGUAAUGGAGUACAAGGGGUUGAGACUGCAAGAGGCUGUAGAUUUUGUGAUAAAUGAAAGGCUAGAUGAAGGGUACGCAGGGUUGAUAGCUGUGUCCAGAAAUGGGGAAGUGGCUUGUAGGUUUAAUUCCAAUGGUAUGUUUAGAGGAUGCGCUACUGAAGAUGGAUUCAUGGAAGUUGGCAUUUGGAAUUAGCUCUGUGUUUUCCAUUUUCGCUUUAGUAUUGUGUGAUGUUUGGUAACUACUACCCUCUCCAUCUACCAAUUCAGUAGAAGCUCAAUAAAAUUAGUUGCAGUGAUUAGGAUUAAAAGGUUUAAA